UGGGCGAAAUUACACAUAAAAAUUGUCUAUUACUUACGUAAUUAUCAAUAAUAAAUACAAGCCGAAUUAAUGUGAUAGUAGACAUAAUAUUAUGAUAUUUACAAGUGCGAAACAAAUGAAAAUACAUCAAUUUAUUAGUGACAAUCUGUCAAAGCUGAUCAAAAUUUCUUAAAUUAGUGCAAAUAUUACUUAACUAAAUUAUAUAUUACAAGAGUUACCACAACAAAUUUUUGGCCUGAGUGUAAGAUAGAGACCUGCAUGAUAUAUGUUGAGAUAGUAGCACCACAAAAACAAAUCAACAAACCACACUUUUGCAUGAGAUGGCAGCUUACUUGAACCGCACAAUAUCAAUGAUGUCUGGUGAUGGCCCCCACAACCGUCCUCCAGUCACCACAGUGUUGAACGACACCAGGGGACGGACAUCCAUUGACAAUUCACCUUUGCAGAUAUUUGUCAAGGCCAAGAAGAAGAUCAACGAUAUUUUUACUGAGAUUGAGGACUAUGUCAAGGAUACUGUUGAAUACAUUCAUGAAAUCGAGAAGAACCAACAGAUCAUCACAAAAGACAAAAUCAGUCAAACAGAAGAGUUUGUUAGUAAAGUACAUGGUAUCAAAGAUGUAUUGUGCAGGGAUCACAUGAAAGUCGCCUUUUUUGGAAGAACUUCCAAUGGUAAAAGCUCUGUCAUAAAUGCCAUGUUGAGAGAGAAAAUCUUGCCCAGUGGCAUUGGACACACCACAAACUGUUUCCUUCAGGUUGAAGGAUCGUCAUCGGAGGAACCGUACCUGAUACUCGAGGGUUCGGAGGAAAAAUGUGCGGUCGAAUCGGUGGGUCAACUGGCCCAUGCACUUUGCAAGGAAAAACUGAAUGAGUCUCAGAUGGUUAAGGUUUACUGGCCGAAGAAUCGAUGUCUGCUGCUCAGAGACGACGUGGUGUUUGUCGACUCCCCCGGCGUGGACGUCACACCCAAUCUCGACGAGUGGAUCGAGAAGCAUUGUCUGGAUGCGGACGUGUUCGUGCUGGUCGCUAACGCCGAGUCCACUCUCAUGGUCACUGAGAAAAACUUUUUCCACAAAGUUUCAACGAGACUUUCGAAACCGAACAUUUUUAUAUUGAACAACAGGUGGGAUGCAUCCGCCUCUGAACCCGAGUUUUUAGAUCAGGUCCGUAAACAACACCAAGAACGCGCCAUCGACUUUUUGGUUAAAGAAUUGAAAGUGUGCACACCUAAAGAGGCAGAAGAAAGGAUAUUCUUCAUUUCGGCAAAAGAAGCACUACAAACAAGAUUAGCAGAACAAGGACAACAAACGACCACACCGUUAACGGAGGGCUUCCAAAACCGCUACUUCGAAUUUCAAGACUUCGAAAGGAAAUUCGAAGAAUGUAUUUCAAAGUCAGCCGUCCGAACCAAAUUCGAACAGCACUCGCAGCGGGGAAAGUUUAUAGCAAAUGAACUGCGUGAAAUACUGGAGUCCGUUUAUAACGAUGCGGUCAAACUUAAGGAAGAAAAAAUGUUACAGAAGAAGGAAUUACACGACAAAAUUAACUACACAGAACAACAACUGAUGGUUAUAACCCAAGAGAUGAAACAGAAGAUCCACCACAUGGUCGAAGAUGUGGAACAACGCGUCUCCAAGGCUCUGAACGAGGAGAUCCGUCGUCUCAGCAAUUUGGUCGACGAGUUCAACCUGCCCUUCCAUCCGGAACCACUGGUGCUUAACGUUUACAAGAAGGAGUUGCACCUUCACGUCGAAACAGGGCUGGGUUCGAACCUGAGGGCAAGACUGUCGACAGCGCUGGCGAUGAACAUGGAGGCGAGUCAGAGGGAGAUGACUGACAGAAUGGAGAAACUGAUUCCCGACACUAAGAAGGCAGCCAGCAACAUCAUCAUGCCCAGGAGGCAGCCAUUUGAAAUUUUGUACAGGCUUAAUUGUGAUAACUUGUGUGCCGACUUCCAUGAAGAUCUGGAGUUCAGGUUUUCAUACGGCAUCACGACACUCAUCCAACGAUUUAUGGGCAGCAGCGGUGGAUUGUUGGCACUAAAGAAUAAGCGCGAGAGCCCCCACAACACUUUGGUGCCGAACACACCAACGGAUCAAAUCGACGGGAGAAUGCUGUACACCUCCGCCAGCAUAGACGAUUGGUCCCUUCUGUCGAGAAUAGCUAUCAUGGGUGCGACAUCACAAAGCACCAUGGGUUGCCUAAUUGUGGCCGGGUUUUUGUUCAAAACGGUCGGCUGGAGGAUCAUCGCCGUGACCGGAGCAAUUUACAGCUGUUUGUAUUUCUACGAGAGGCUGACAUGGACUAACAAAGCUAAAGAGAGGUCGUUCAAGAAGCAAUACGUCGCCCACGCAACCAAGAAACUUAGGAUGAUCGUGGAUCUCACGUCCGCCAAUUGCAGCCAUCAAGUUCAGCAGGAACUGAGCGGUACUUUCGCUCGCUUAUGUCAUUUGGUCGAUGAAUCCACCAGUGACAUGGACAAGAUGCUGAAAGACUUAGAAUUGGAAAUUGCGACCUUAGAAAACGCUAGUGGAAAGGCUAAAGUGUUGAGGAACAAAGCCAGUUAUUUGUCUCAUGAACUGGAACUGUUUGAGGAUGCGUAUCUUAAAAUUCAUAAUUAACGAGAACCAAACACUUAGCAAUUUUGUAAUACCCUUUAUUCGGUGACUAAUCGAUAUAUGUGCAAUAAAUGUAAUUAUUCAUAUUGCGCAUACAUCAUAUGUAUAGAUAUUUUAACCCAAUUACGUUCUGUUAAUUUUGGUUUGUUAAAAGAUCUUGUUAUUGUACAAUUAUGUAUAUUUAGUUGUUGUGGAAUAUACAAUGCCUUCACAAAA